AAGGAAAUGACUCUGCUGUUCUUCUGUCACUCAGAUCAGCAUUGGACGACUAAGGAGCGACUUCUACCCUCAACCUUCUCAUCAAUGAAUUAGUAAAUCAAAGCUUUACUUUGGCAUAUUUGCAUGUCUGCAUCUGGGGUUGUGUUGAGCUGAAAGCAGGAUGUCGGUCAACUUCUCUGACUGUGAGAAGUUUCAGAUUAGCCUGCUGCCUACCAUGUAUGGGAUUGAGUUUGUUGUGGCCUUUGCAGGAAAUCUGUUUGCCUUGUGUCUGCUGUUUGUCAGAGAAAGGCGCGACUGGCACUCGGGUGUCGUCCUCUCCUGCAACCUGGCCAUCAGUGACCUGCUGUACAUCCUCACUCUGCCUCUGCUGAUCGUCUACUACGCCCUGGGGAAACACUGGAUUUUUGGCGAGGCUGUGUGUAAAAUGGAGAGGUUUCUUUUCACCUGCAACUUAUAUGUGAGCAUCUUCUUCAUCAUGGCCAUAAGUGUGAACCGCUGUGUGGCUAUCGCAUGGCCCUUCUUCACUCGCUCCUACCUGGAACCAUCCCAUAUUAAAGCCGUUAGUGUAAUCAUAUGGAUCAUUGUAGGAGUCAUCUCCUCCCCUAUGCUGAAAUUUGCAUCUCUUUGUAAACACAGUUACAAUAACAACACUUUAUGUGUGGCCUUCUGUCACCAAACGUCUGACCCCAAGUCUGACUUUAUUUACAAAGUAUUCCUUGCUGUGUUUGGCUGUCUUGUUCCUUUCAUAGUAACUUUUACUUCUUACUGUGUAGUGACUCGGGUUGUGUGGAAAAAUGCCAACAUAACAACGCUUGAAAAGCGUAAAGUUGCCUUGUUAGUCUUAUCAGUAAUUGUCCUCUAUGCUGUUUCCUUUGUGCCCUAUCAUGUCUACCAAGUCUAUCAUCUGUAUUUAAGGAUAUAUCCCCAACACACUCUUUGUUGGGUCUACAACAUGUACCAAGUAUCCAAAGGUCUGGCAACAUUGAACAUGUGUAUCCAUCCCAUCCUCUACAUGGCUGUGUUUGACAGUAUUAGACUGGUAUGCUGUGGACAGAGCUUAGAAGACAACAGAGCUGGAUGAGGAAGUAGAGGUGCCGCUUGGUUGCUCUUGCAUGAAGCACAUCCUUGUUUUAGACUGAAAAUAGCUUUGCUAGAAGGAUCUUUGCAGAACUUCUACAUUACACAGUUUUGUACUUUUUGACCAAUCAUGUUUGUAAAAACAGAUAAUCUUAUAAUUUUCCUAAUAAAAUAAAAAAAAGUGUUGCAUUC